AUGACCGAACUUGGACGUCAGGCAAUGGAUAUCGAUGAGCGGGAGACUAUACAGCAGCUGCUUGCCGAGCGAUAUAGGGAUUUUCUACAACUGACUGAGGAGGACCGCAAGCGUUACACGGUGUUAUCGAAAAAGAUAACUGAUGCCCUCCAGGCGGAUAAUCCUUCUGCGCUAAAGUUUAUUAUAUCCCAACACAUUCACGAAAAUCCUGAGAAACUCAUUCGAAUGAAGUUGCCCUCGCUCCCCAUGCCUCCAAGUGAGGAACUGAUGGUACGCAAUGCAAUGGACAGUUGUCUAUUCAAGGCUGCGAUCAGUUGUUUGGGUGGGUUUGUUUUGGGUGGUGUGUUUGGUCUCUUUUCCGCCAGUGUGGAUCCGAUGAGUACCGUUCAUGGCGCGGAAACCCCAACCACUCGCCAGGUGGCCAGAGAAAUGUAUUCGCGUUCCUUAUCUCAUGCAAAAAGUUUCGCCAUGAUCGGAGCCAUGUUUGCUGGAACAGAAUGUAUUUUGGAAAGUAUGGUUGGAACGCAUUCACCUGAGGACCGUACUCGUCCUACUGACAGAUAUUCCAGUCAUAGAGCCACUGACCGCUCAGAGAGACGUUCACAUGACAAUUCGCCUGUUAGCAUUCUUGAUUCGGAGUGCAGAGACAGAAAACACAAAUCUUCACACCACCAUCGCUCAAAGCAUGACACUCCGAAACGUCAUCGGUCUGACAGAGAUAGUUCCCACAAGGUGCGUUCCGGCGUCGAAGAGCACCAUUCGAGAAAAAAGAAGAAAAAACAUACGCGGUCGAACAGCAGUAAUAGUGGAUCAUCUAGCACGAGCAAUGGCGAAGAAGACUCUGGAAUUCGUUUGAAAGCACUGUCAGCCGGAGUUCCGCAACAGCUCAUGUCUCUUUCUGUGGAAGAGCUACAAAAACUCAUGGAAAAACGGAAACAACAAAAGGCACUGAUGAAAGUUCUAGAAACACCGGAAGAAAAGCGCGCUCGUCGGCUGGCGAAGAAAGAAGCCAAAGAACGAUGGAGGCGGGAGCGCAUGGGUUGGGACAAAGAGUAUCUUGGUUACACAAACGAGGAUAACCCUUUUGGAGACCAUCGACUCUCGGAGUCGUUCGUAUGGAAACAAAAGCUUGAGGCAGAGGGGUUGACUCAUCUUUCAAAAGAAGAGAUUCAAGAGCUCCAAAAGAAGAAGAUGGAGGAAAACAAACUGGAGCUCGAGUCCGUACGCCGGCGUCGGGCUGAACGCGAGCGCGAACGAGAAGAGCGGGAGAAAGAGAUGGAAAUGAUGCAACGUGACAAGGAGGCCGAAUACUACAGAUCAUGGGGACAACAGGAGGAUACAUUUCAUUUAGAACAGGCUAAACUCCGUUCACGCAUUCGAAUAGCAGACGGACGCGCAAAACCGAUCGAUCUGUUAGCCAAGUACAUCGCGGACCAAGAGGAGGAUGCCAUGGCUUCGGCUGAGUUUACCGGAGUGAUCGAGCUGCUUGAACCUACUCAAUUUCUGGUAGGUUUGAGCGUUGAAGAUUUGGAAGAUCUGCUGGUUGAUAUCAAGGUAGUCUACAUGCAGCUGGAGAAAGGUCGUAAUGCGGAGUAUUGGCGUGACAUUACAACGGUGGCAGAAGACGAAUUGAACAAAUUGCGUCGUGCAGAAAAUGACAGUGCUGGCUUGUCCGCCGCAUACGGAGCUGAUAGUCGCGGUCGGAGUUCAGCCAGCAUAAGCCAGUCUGUGAUGCAAAGCGUAGCCGAAACACUAAAGGGAAAGACUUACAAUCAAUUGGCUGCCUUGGAACGGCAGAUUGAACCAAAACUAAAAGGAGGCGAAGGUGUUGACGUGACAUACUGGGAAACCCUAGCGCAGUUCGUCCGCGCCCAAAUGGCCCGGACUCGAUUGCGUGAUAUGCAUCAGGAGAAUCUACGGCGAAAACUGGAAUGUCUUCGCCAGUCCCAAGGAAUCGUACAAGAACCACUUUUCCCUAGUGGAACAGACCAGCCCAAACCGUCUACCUCACAAGUGGUACGCAGUGACGCCCAGCUUAUGCCUCCACCGGCAGUUGACAAAUUACGAGGCGAAGAGCCCGACGAACCCGAGGUUCUUUUUGGCUGGCGUUUUUCUGUGGGAUCCGAUUCUUGGUGCAGUUACGUUGCAUUCAUAUUUUCGUUCAAUAUUUCCCCUCAGGAUACCCAACCACAAAUAGAAGACCCACACAGCGCCGAAGCUAUCCGUGCUGCCCGUCAAGCCCAGUUGGAGGCGGCAGCUAUGGUUGAGGAGGAAAUGUACGAUGCCGCUUGUUACUCACCUCCUCGAGUGGACCCCACUGAGGUAGCGCUGGAUGCUGUUAUUUACAAUCCUGAGGAUGAUCGGGCGAAGAUCGACUACCAGCGUAAAGAAGUCCUACGAACAGGAGCUAUUCGCGCAUCGGAAGAGGAGGAGCUCAUGCGACGUGCUCGGGAAGGAAUGGAAGAUGGAGAAGACGCACAGUUCUCUGUUCAGAUCCCACUAGAAGACCAAUCUUUCCUGUGGUCUGAUAAAUACCGACCCCGAAAGCCCCGUUUCUUCAAUCGCGUGCACACGGGAUUUGUAUGGAACAAGUACAAUCAGACCCAUUAUGACUUGGACAACCCGCCUCCGAAAGUUGUCCAAGGCUACAAGUUCAACGUUUUCUAUCCGGACCUGAUUGAUAAGAGCAAAACCCCCACCUACACGCUUACCCCAUGCGAAGAUCCAUCGCAACGAGAUUUCGCUAUUUUGCGGUUCUCCGCAGGCCCUCCAUACGAAGAUAUCGCUUUCAAGAUAGUCAAUCGCGAAUGGGAGUACUCUUACAAACAUGGUUUUCGUUGUCAAUUCCAAAACAAUAUUUUCCAGCUAUGGUUCCAUUUCAAACGGUUUCGCUAUCGCCGAUGACACCAACGGUUGUUGUAUCUUCUUUCAAACCAGUUUGUGUCGUGCCAACCGGAUGGUGCGCUUUCGCGAAUUCUCGUGUGUAUAUAUUUUUC